GGGGGCAGGGUUGUGCUGCGGCCGCCGCCGAGUCAUCAGCCGUGCGCGCCGUCCGUCGGCUCGUUUGAAGACCGCCGCGAGCACGUGCCGAAGCUACCGCGUGGUGGGCGACGGUGUGUGCCGCGACUUCCCGGUGGAUUUGCCCCGUGCUGACCGGAGCUGGGUCGCGCCUGACACGGGAACGCAAGCUCGCGGUCCCGCGAUCUGUGGUCUGGUGGCGAUCUGUGGUCUGGUCGCGGUCGACGUUCGGUGCCGGGAUGACGGACCUCCGGCGUUGAGGACCGGGACCGAGCGGGAGACGGGACCAUGAAGGAGAAGACGGACCUGCAGCGGGCCGGGCCCAUGGUCCACACCAUGAAGGUGCUGUGGCAUCUGGACAUCUUCCGCCGUAGUUUCCGGGAUCUGUCCGGCCAUGCCUGCAUGCGAGAGUCCUGCAUCUUCUGCGCUUUGAAGGAGCUGUUCCAGCAGUUCCAGCACAGCGACAAGUCGGUGCUGCACCCGGACGCGCUGCGCCGCGCGCUCGCCGAGAGCUUCUUUGACCAGCAGCGCUUCCAGCUGGGCUGCAUGGACGAUGCGGCUGAGUGUUUCGAGAACAUCCUGCAGCGGCUGCACGUGCACCUGGCCACGCAGCACGUGUCGGAGGACACGUGCUCGGUGCGCCACUGCAUCCCGCACCAGCGGUUCGCCAUGACGCUGGUGGAGCAGAGCGUGUGUAACGCAUGCGGCGCCACCUCCGAGCCGCUCUCCUUCACGCAGAUGGUGCAUUACGUCAGCGCGUCAGCUCUGACGUCACAGAUCGGCGAGAUGACGUCGUCCGAGGGCGUUGCGAACGGAGAGACGCCUAGCGUCGACUUCGGGAAGCUUCUGAAGAAGGCCGGCGGCAUGGGCGAUGUCCGAGACUGUCCGAGCGCGUGCGGCGCGCGCAUCCAGAUCUGCCGCACGCUGAUGAACCGGCCCGACAUCGUCUCCGUCGGCAUCGUCUGGGACUCGGAGCGGCCCCAGCUGGACCACAUCAUGCACGUGCUCUCGACGGUGGGCACGUGGCUGCGCCUGAGCCAGGUGUUCCACUCGGUGAUGGACUCGCGCUGGGCUGGCGCCACCGAGCAUCGGCUGGUCGGCGUCGUCACCUACUACGGCAAGCACUACUCCACCUUCUUCUACCACACCAAGCACCAGGUGUGGAUCUACUUCGACGAUGCGUCCGUGCGCGAGAUCGGGCCGCACUGGCGCAGCGUCGUCGACAAGUGCCGGCGCGGGCACUUCCAGCCGCUGCUGCUGCUCUACUCGAACCCGGCCGGCCAGCCGGUGCCGACCGACGCGGCGCCGCUCGCGCGCACUUUCGUGACGCCGGCGCCGACGCCGGCGCCGCCGCCGCCGGUGUACGGCUCGCUGCCGCGGCCGGCGCGGCGCUCGCGCACGCCGAACCCGGAGGGCGACGCCGGCCUGGCGGCGCCGCGCCGGGCGGUCACGCCCAGCCCCGGCCGGCACGAGGCGGCGGCGCGCGACGCCUACCGCGACUACCAGAACAUCGGAGCGUUCGACUCGCUGUUUGAGCAGGCCGAGCCCGAGGGCUCGCGCUCCAGCCUGAUGAACCGGUAUCAGCGGCUGCGGUCGACUGGGGAGGGCGAGCCGCCGACGCCGGCGCUGCCCAGCUUCCCUGACCCGGGGGUCAGCGAGGGUCGUCCCGGGGGGCGACAGAAGACGGACCCGGCCGAGCAGAGGCGUCCGGAGAACGGGCAGCGCAGACGGCGCGACUCUGGGAACUGGUCGGGCGACAGGAACUCGGCCAGCUCCACCAGCUCUGGCUCCAACGAGAGCGGCCACCCAGCCAUCGCCAUGUUCACACGUGUGGUGACGGGCCGACCGGCGCCGCCACCGCUGACGGCCGCCGGCCGUCCACCGGCCUCACCAGGCCGCACCGACCCAGCCGGGCUGGCCGACGCCGGCUACGACAGCAACUCACUCAGCUCCAACGACAGCUACCCGGUGCCGCCGCUGCUGAAGCUCAGCACCCAGCAGCUGAGCGGAAUUCCGGAGAACCAGCCAUUCGGCAUGUCGCCGUCGGAUGGCGCCACCAGCGAGGUGAAGCGACUCCUCAAAGAGACCGAGCUUCUGCUGCAAGAGGCCCAGACGGCCGACGAGAGAAAUGACCUGCCCCGCGCACUGGAGCUGUGCCGGGAGGCGGUGCGCGUGUCCAAGCGCGCCCUGGACGCGCCGUACAACACGGCCGAGAUGCUGACACGCUCCAAACGCAACCACAACGACUGCCUGCUGCGCUGUAGCGGCCUGCAGAGGAGGAUCGCUAUUGUCAGUGGCGCCAAGAAAACAGACGGCGCCGCCGAGGGGCGACACUCCCGGCAGUCGUCGCGCGACUCGGGCGGCCGUCGCACGCCCCACUCCAGGCAGCCGUCGCGCGAGCUGGACCCCGCCGCCGCCGACCACACGCAGAUCCAGCUGUACGCCACGCUGCCGCGUCGCCGGGGCGCCAAGGAGGCGCCGGCGCCGGCGGCGGCCGGCCGGCGGCGUGGCGACGAGCCGCCCGCCGCCGUGGAGCAGCUGUACGCGCAGGUGAACAAGCCGCGCCGAGAGAAGCGCCGAAGCGAGGGCGACAGGACGGAGGAGGCGCGGCCGCCACCGCUGCCGCCGCCGCCGCCGCCGGAGCCCGGCAAGAAGGAGAAGGCGCCGGGCAGGAAGCAGCACAAGAUCCGCAUGAAGCUGCUGGGCGGCGGCCUCAUCCGCAGGAAGAACCGCAGUCUUCCCGACCUGACGGACCCGGUGAGCCAGGUCAGCUACAACCAGGACAUCGCGCGGCCCACCACGCCGACCGCCGACCCGGGCAGCGGCUACCUCUCCGAGGGCCCCACCGACUACGCCAACCCGAACCUGCAGCGUAGCAAGCUGAUGCGCAAGUCGUUCCACGGCAGCGUCGGCCUGACGAAGGUGCCACCGCCGGUGCCGCAGCGCAAGGACUCGCGGCUCAGCGGCGGGGACGCGUCGUUCGAGGCGGAGUCCCCAUCGCGCGCGACGGUGGCGCCGCCACUCGGCGAGUCGCCGGCUAGGGCGUACCUGAACCACCUGAGCCACCGGCGCUCGCCGGCGGCGCCGAAGGCGGAGCUGGAGCUGAGCCUAAGCCGCGUGGAGCCGACGGCCGAGCUGAGGGAGCUGGGAGAGCACGGUGCCCCAGGCAAGGACGCGCCGGCCUAUCCACCUGCCUACCACCACCCGGAGAUGCAGCAGCCGCAGCAGCAUCAUUCGCAGCAGACACCCAUGGAGGCUGCUGCCUCGCCCAACGAGCUUGCCGCCGACUCGGGCUUCGCGUCGAGGCGGCUGCGAAGCGACCCGUCGGACGAGGCGAAGCGCGGCUCGGUCCGCUCCCCGACGUUCGGGUGCGCCAAGCAGAGCAACCAGCUGCUGUUCUCGGCGCAGUCUGGGCAGCACGUGCGGCGCGGCCGGAGGCAGGCGGACGAGUCCGCCGACCUGAACGUGUCGGCCGACAGCGGCGGCGGCGGCGAGCGCAGAAAGAUGAAGAAGAGCGUCACGUUCUGCGACCAGGUGACGCUGGUGGCGACCGCCGAGGAUGAACAGGACGACUCGUACCUGCCGAACCCCAUUCUGCAGCGUAUUCUGGGGGCCAAGGAGACGGCCACCCCCUGGAUCGCCCUCGUACUCCUGGCCUGUGUGGCCGUGACUUCCGCGGAGGAGAAGGCCGAGGACAAGGCUGAGGAUCUCAAGCCUGCGGCCUCGUAUGGUCACGGCCGCGGAGGUUACCACGGAUACGUAGCUUACCAGGGCUACGGCAAGAGCUACGGCAACGGCAACGGCUACGGCUACAGCAAAAGCUACGGCUACGGAAACGGAUAUGGCAACGGCUACGGCCACGGAAACGGCUACGGCAAUGGCUACGGCAAUGGCUACGGCAAUGGCUACGGCAAUGGCUACGGCAAUGGCUACGGCAAUGGCUACGGCUAUGGAGGCUAUGGCCAUGGAAACAUCGGUUACGGCUAUGGCAGCGGGUAA